AUGUAUUUCUUCUUAACUAUAUUCUCAUUUUUUCCCUUUUUACCUUCUUUCGUCUCGGCCGAGAAUGUUUUCUGUGUUUAUUACAGAGAAGCAAAUGAGAUCACUUGUGGGCAUGUCACUUGUAAAACGCAUGAGGUCGACAAUGCGACUGUUUAUGCGGAAGAUGGGGUCGAUAUGAAAUUGCCGAUUGGAUGGUUUGAGUUUAAAAAUAGAUUU